UCUUCUUCUACCGAAGUUUGAAAAAAAAAUGGAGAUAUACAGAGAGAAUACCCAGAUCAGAAUCAGAUCAUCAAAUAAAAUUUAUCCGUUAAUACAAUAAUUCUCUCUCUCUCUCUCUCUCUCUCUCUCUCUCUUCACGCAUUCAAUUCAAAUCCUUUAUCUUUGCUUAUAAAAAAGCAGCAGCAGCAGCAUCAUCAGCAGAGAGAGAGAGAGAGAGGGCGAAAGAAGAGAGAGAGAGAGGGGAAGAAGAGUAGCUGCUACUCCAAUAUACAUUUUGUUCACUUCCCUAUCUUCUUCUCUUAUAAUCCAGCUCAAACUCAGACUCAAAGGCAAAGCAAGGGAACCCCGUCACACGAAUCCUCGAGAUCUCGAGGUCAACCCCGUCAUUUCACGCUCCUCCCCAUCCCUUCCCCUCUGCUUUUCUAUCUCUUCCUCUCUUCUUCUCUGUUGCCCGGGAGAAGCUCCAGGUUCUUGCCAUUGCCAGAGAAAUAACCCAUCGCCACUGUUUGGACGUUUCCUUCUUUUUUCUUAUCCGUGAAAGGUUUUGUUUGGCGUGACUUCUUUCUUGGGUUUCUUUUUUUUUUCUUCUUCUGCUCUUGUUUGCUGUUGGGAAAAAAAAAUGGAGAGAAGCACGCCAGUGAGGAAGCCUCACACUUCGACUUCAGAUCUGCUCACAUGGUCGGAGACUCCUCCUCCCCACGAUUUGGUCGCGCACGGUUCGGCUUCUUCUCGCUCCAAUGCUCGCUCUCACCAGCCUUCGGAUGGGAUCAGCAAGGUGGUGUUUGGAGGUCAAGUGACUGAUGAGGAAGCUGAGAAUUUGAACAAAAGGAAACCUUGUUCUGGCUACAAGUUGAAAGAAAUCAGCGGUAGUGGGAUUUUUGCUGCCAAUGGAGAGGAUGAUUCAUUAGAACCUGGAAGUGCUAACCCUGCUUCAAACAACAAAACAGGAAUAAGGAUGUACCAGCAAGCCCUUGCUGGCAUCAGUCACAUCUCGUUUGCUGAAGAAGAAAGCAUUUCUCCCAAAAAGCCUACCACUCUUCCUGAGGUUGCAAAGCAGCGAGAACUGAGCGGAACAUUGGAAAGUGAGGCUGACAUGAAGUUGAAUAAGCAAAUAUCUGAUGCCAAGUGCAAAGAAUUGAGUGGACAUGAUAUUUUUGCUCCUCCUCCAGAAAUUUUGCCAAGGCCAUUGGCUGCACGGGCAUUGGACACGAAUCAAGACAUGGGAGAACCUGCACCGCGUCAUGUCCGGACUUCUGUUAAAGUCUCUAAUCCUGCUGGAGGUCAGAGCAGUAUUAUCUCCAAUGAGGAACCUGGGAUGAAAACUGCCAAGAAAAUCUAUGACAAGAAAUUCUCCGAGCUCUCUGGAAACAACGUCUUCAAAGGUGAUGCACCUCCAACAUCUGCAGAGAGAUCACUGAGUUCGGCUAAAAUGAGAGAGAUUAGCGGCAACGACAUAUUUGCUGAUGGAAAGGCAGAGUCUAGAGACUACUUUGGUGGCGUCCGCAAGCCUCCAGGCGGCGAGAGUAGCAUUGCGUUGGUUUAACCAAGCUUAGGCUUAACGGUUUUACGAACAGUUUUAUGUUUCAACUUGUGUUAUUCCUAGUGGGAUUUGGUCUCAUUUGACACUUCCGGAGUGUGGGGUUUGGGAAUGAUGUUUCAGUUUCGAACUUGACUAGAUGUACGAACUGUUUGCAGACCGGUAUGUUGAUAGCAUUGGUUUCUUCAGAUUCGGAGGAGAACUCAGCUGAUUUAUGCUUCAAAUUGCAUUCUCUGGUUCUUUUCAA